AUGCAUUUUUGGUCUGUGACUGAAGCUAUGCUCUUCUUUUCAACCCCACCUCCUAUCUGCCUGAUCCUCCUUCUGUCAUACAACUCCCCUGUUCUCUCCUGUCAAACUGGGAACAACAGCGAGUGUGAGUCUGCUCCCUUUGUACCAGGUUACAACCUGGUGGGGGAGGGAUUCGACUUGGUCAGGCUGAGACGAACAUCAGCCUAUGUGGCUGAUGUGAGGACCUACCUGACUCCAGAUGGCGACUGUACUCUCUGUACCAACCCCCUUCAAGGCAACAGGCUGCAGAAAGUGCCAGUCUCUGUAGUGGACUGGCGUGCAUUCAGGCAGUGCAACACUGUUGUUGACAGCAGUAUACACAACUAUGUUGGCUCACUGAUGAAGGCGGUGCUUGAUCACGAUGGCCUAAAUUUGAAUAUAGUUCUGAGUGAUCGCUUGUUUGUGGGAGGAACACGUUCCGAAGCAUUUAAAUUUGCUGCAGCAAGGGCUGAAGAGGAUCGGUACACCUUCAGUGUACAUGGGAUCACCUGCAAAUAUUAUAGUUUCCGUGUAGCAAGCAGACCACCUUUAAGCCCAGAGUUCAAGAGGGAUGUGGACAAUCUGCCAAGUCACUACAAUUCCGCCACCAGCGAUCAGUAUUACAGACUGAUACAUACCUAUGGCACGCACUACAUCCACAAGGUUUUCCUUGGGGGCCAACUAAGGAGAAUCACAGCUGCACGAACCUGUUUGUCCAGACUGAACGGACUAAACUCACAUGAGUUUCACGCCUGUUUAUCAAAGGGAUUUUCGGUUGGCUUGGGGAAGGAAAAAUUAUAUAGUGUUGAACAGUCUUGCAUGAAGGUCCUACAAAACAAGGAUGAGACUACUUGGUACGGUGCUGGUCUCCAUCAACACCACACUGAGGUGAUAGGAGGCAAUGAUUGGUCAGGGGAUUUUGCCCUCAAUGUUGAUGACUCUGUGGGCUUCAGAAAUUGGCUGAACAGCUUGAAGAAUCUCCCAGACUCUGUUUCAUACUCCCUUCUGGCAUUGUAUGAGCUGAUGCCAACUGAGGCAAAAAAGGAAGGGAUGAAGACUGCUUUGAAUGAGUACUUAAAUGAUAACAUCAUGCUUUCCGUAGAAAAUCCCCCAUCUUGUCAGGACCUAGUUAACCUGGAUACAAACUGCUGUCCUAUAAAGGCUAGGAGGGGAGUACUGAUUGUGACCAAAAUUCAAGCCUGGGAUCUGUCGGGAGACACUUGGGGUACGUCUGACAGGUGA